CUGGUAACUUAUCAAACGAAAUGCAUUGUGGGCAAAGCGUGUUUGAGCUGCUGAAACAUUUUUAGGUGACUCCAGGUUUGACGACAUGUCGUCAUCCAAAAAGAAGGCAGGUGGCGCUGACGAGCGCUUCCUGCGGGUGCAGAAGGAUCCUCGUUUCUGGGAAAUGCCCGAGCGAGAACGCAAGGUGAAGAUCGACAAACGCUUCCAGUCCAUGUUCUACGAUGAGCGCUUCAAGGUGACGUACACGGUGGACAAACGUGGACGUCCCGUCAACCGCACGUCCACGGAAGACCUGAGGCGCUUCUACAAGCUGUCUGAUGAGGAGGAUGCAGCUGUCCUGCAGGCUGGGGAGAAGAAGAAGAAAUUGGAAAAGACUGAGAGGAAAUCAAAGAAAAGAGGAGCUGACGAGGAGGAGGAGGAGCCUCCACGAGGAGUCAAACACAAAGGGGAGGAGCCUCCACGAGGAGUCAGACACAAAGGGGAGGAGCCUCCACGAGGAGUCAGACACAAAGGGGAGGAGCCUCCACAAGGAGUCAGACACAAAGGGGAGGAGCCUCCACAAGGAGUCAGACACAAAGGGGAGGAGCCUCCACAAGGAGUCAAACACAAAGGGGAGGAGCCUCCACAAGGAGUCAAACACAAAGGGGAGGAGCCUCCACAAGGAGUCAAACACAAAGGGGAGGAGCCUCCGGGAUCUGUUGGUGCACCGGAAGAAGAUGAUGAAGAGGAGGAUGAAAGCGACAGCGGCACAGAGUCGUCGUCUGAUCUGGACUCAGACGGGGACAGUGACAGCGGGCCGGACCUGGCGAGGGGGAAAGGAAACGUGGAGACCAGCUCCGACGAGGACGAUGAAGACGAGGUGGACGUCAUCCUGAGGAAGGAGGACGAGGAGCUCGCCCACGACUGGGGAGAGCUGUGCAAAGACGCUCCGCAGAGCAACGAGGUUUCUGCUCGACUGGCCGUCUGCAACAUGGACUGGGACCGGAUCAGAGCCAAAGACCUGCUGGCUUUGCUGAACUCCUUCACACCCAAAGGGGGCGCUGUUCUGUCUGUUAAGAUCUAUCCAUCAGAGUUUGGGAAGGAACGUUUGAAGUCGGAGGAGACGACGGCGCCAGCGGAACUGCAGGCGCUGCCUGACGACUCCGAGGAUGACACAGAGGAGGAGCGGGUUUACAGGGAGAAGAUGCGCGACUACCAGUUUAAACGUCUGAAGUAUUAUUACGCUGUGGUGGAGUGCGACUCGCCAGGCACCGCCUCCAAGAUCUACGAGGAUUGUGACGGUUACGAGUAUGAGAGCAGCUGCUCCGUUCUCGACCUCCGAUUCAUACCUGAUAACGUCACGUUUGAUGAUGAGCCGAAGGAUGUGGCAACGGAGUUAAACCUGACAACGUACACACCUGAGCUGUUUACAUCCUCGGCCACCGCCACGUCCAAGGUUCAGCUGACGUGGGACGAGACGAACCACGCGCGCGUCACCGCCAUGAACAGGAAGUUCAACAAGGACGAUCUGCUGGAUCUUGACUUUAGAGCUUACCUCGCCUCCUCCAGUGAGGAUGACUAUGAGGACGAGCAACAGGACACAGCAGAAGACAAACAAACAAACGUGGAAAAAAGCAGAAAGAAAUCGAGGAGCGAGGAGCAAAUCGCAAAGUACCGGAACCUUCUGAAAGGGAUCGCGGACAAAGAGAAGAAACUGCAGGAGGACAACUGCAUGGAGAUGCAGGUCACAUGGGUCCCCGGACUGAAGGAGACGACGGAGCAGCUGGUGAAGAAGAAACUGGAAGGAAAAGAAUCACUGACACCGUGGGAGAAGUUUCUGCAGAAGAAGAAACAGAGAAAAACUCGAAAACAAAAGUCUGCAGUUCUCAGUGAUGACAAACUUCCUCCAGACGUCGACCUCGAUGACCCCUUCUUCAAAGAGGAGCGCCAUGCUUCAGAACCAAAAAAGAAACCAAAGUUGGAGGAAGAGAAGCAGACAGCUGAGGAGGAGGAGCUGCAGAGACAAAAGGCUGAGAUGGCACUGCUGAUGGACGACGCCGAUGACGUCAAGCACAAACACUUCAACUACGCAAAGAUCGUGGAGCAGCAGAACCUGAGCAAGAAGAAGAGAAAGAAGCUGCAGAAGAAGAAGAGCGGCGAGUCGCUGGAGGACGAGGACCACUUCCAGGUGGACGUUAAGGACACUCGGUUCCAGGCCAUGUUCACGUCCCAUCUCUACAGCCUGGACCCAUCCCACCCGAGCUACAGGAACACCCGAGCCACGCAGACCAUCCUUGCUGAGAAACAGCGGCGCCGUGAUGAGGAGCAGCUCCACCUGGAGGACGCCAUCAGUGCUCACAAAGCCACACCCACACAGGAAGAGGCGGGCUCUGCUGCAGUGAAGAAGGCGAUGGACCCCACUCUGUCUCUGCUCAUCAAGUCCAUAAAAUCCAAAACGCAGCAGUUUCAGUCUCAGAAGAAACAGACGCGGUGUCCCUCUCACAUCCAGCUCUAAUGGGACGAGUCGUGCUGUUGACACUGUUUCAUGAACUGCAUGUCAUUUUAAUCAUCAGAGGAUUUGUAUAAAAAAAACAAAUCAGCUUCGUUA